AGAGAUGGCCGCCGCGCACGGCCCCGCCCGCUACUCUUCUCCCUCGCAACGGAUUCUGCCCUCAAACGGGAAACAAGAUGGCGGCGGCGGGCCCGAGUACUCGGGCCUCUUCCGCGGCGGCCGCGGCAGCCCUGAGUCGGCGAGGCCGGCGGGGCCGCUGUGACGAGACGUCGGCAGCGAAGACUGGGGCCCCGGGCCCGGCUCCCGGCCCUGCGCUGUUGGUGUUGCCGCCGCCGCCGCUGCUGCAACCGCCACCAGCGGCGCGGCGGGAAGAGUCGGGCUGUGCCGGGUGCCUGGAGACCCCGGUGGAAGCGGCGGCCCUGCCGUGCGGCCACUCGUUGUGCCGAGGCUGCGCCCAACGCGCCGCCGACGCGGCGGGCCCGGGUUGUCCGCGCUGCCGCGCCCGCGGCCCUGGCUGGGCCCGCCGUCGGGCCCGCGACGACGGCCAGGCCGACGCGGAGGUGCCGGGCGAGCGCGCCCGCCGCGGCCAGCCGGAGCGCUGCCGCCCGCGCCGGGACGGGGGCGCGGCCGCCGCGAGGCCCAGGCCGGAGCUGGAGGCGCGCGCCGCGCCCGCGGAACCAGAGUUUAUAUUCAGAGCUCCAAUCAAAUUAAGCAAGCCUGGGGAACUUCGCGAGGAAUAUGAAAGCCUGAGAAAGCUGAGAGAAGAAAAGUUACAGGAGGAAAAAACCUCUGAAGAUCAAAUCCACAAACUGUUAGCAGAGGAUACAGAAACAGGGAAGAAGAAAAUGGACGAGCAGAGAAAAAGAGAUGAGCCGUCAGUCCUGAAAGCAAACCCGGAGCGGUGUCCUGCGCGCCUCUCAGACUCAGAGAAUGAAGAACCUUCUCGUGGCCACUUGACCCAGACGCAUCGCUCGGCAUUUGUUUCCAAGACCAACUCCUACUCCUUAGCUUUCCUGGCAGGAAAGCUGAGCUGUAAGGUGGAGAGGAGCCAGAGCUGCAGCGACGCGGCUCAAGACAGAGUGAAAGGCAGGCUCCGAGCAGCCCCGGCCAGCAAGGCCAAGGUCACAACCAUAACUCCAGCUUCCAACCCCAUCAUUGGCGUCCUCCUGUCCACCCAGAACAACCGCUGCCUCUCGGCGCCUGACCUGACCAUUGAAAAGCGCCUGCCCUUCAGCGCGCUCUCCUCCGCGGCCCCCCCGCAGAAGCCGGAGCGCUCCGUCAGCCCCGAGAGCAAUGACAGCAUCUCCGAGGAGCUGAACCACUUCAAGCCCAUCGUGUGCUCCCCGUGCACUCCUCCCAAGAGACUGCCUGACGGCCGCGUGCUCAGCCCGCUCAUCAUCAAAUCGACACCUCGCAACCUCAACAGAAGCCUGCAGAAGCAGACCUCUUAUGAGGCCAGCCCGCGGAUCCUCAAGAAGUGGGAACAGAUCUUUCAGGAGCGGCAGAUCAAAAAGACCCUUUCCAAAGCCACUCUCACCUCCCUGGCUCCGGAGACAGGGGAAGACUUACUGGGCUCGGAAGGUAUCCACUGCAGCAAGGAGAAGCCGCUUCCGGCUGUGCGUGCCAGACCGUCCCCGGGGCAGGUGUCUCCCGAGCGCCCCGGACCCGCCUCCGGGGACCUGGAGGACUUCCCCUGUGUUGGCCAAACAAAAGCAGAACAGGGCAGUGCCUGUCAGAGGAGCACUGAGCCCUUGGUGGGAACCUCCUCCUGUUCCUCGGAACAUAGAGGGGCAGCCAGUGGGACUUCUCUGGACAGGGAGCAGUUCGAAGGGACAGGGGCGACCCCCGAAGCCAAAGUAGACCAAACCUGCAGAAGCACAGCCCCUAGAGCCUCGGCAGUGAACUCGGUGCUGCACAGAAGCAGUGCUUUGGGUGGGGUCCUCAAAACAAAGCAGCAGCUGAAGCCCCUGAAGCCUUCCGACCUGGCCAACGGCGUCCUGGCGGACAGCCUGGGCCAGGAGCCUCUUCCUCCCUUGCGUCGGGGCCGGAAAAGACACUGCAAGACCAAGCACCUGGAACAAAACGGCUCCCUUAAGAAACUGCGAGCAGCCGGCGGGGAGGUGGGCCUGGCCCCCGCAGAGCCCGUGCUGCGGGAGCUGGAGCAGAGAGCGCGGCAGGAGGAGGAGGACCGGCGGCUGGCUCUGCGGCUGCAGCGUGUCUUCGACGGCGAGCGCCGGGCCGUGAGCCGGCGGAAGGGCAGCGUCGACCAGUAUCUCCUGCGCUCCAGCAACGUGGCUGGGGCCAAGUAGCCCUCCGUGAGCAGCGUUCUCCAGUUCAGAGCUCUCCGCCAGAGCCGAGCGUUCUCACGUAGGGUUUCUCUGGAUGGCCAAGCGCUGUGUGAGUGGUUCUGAGCAGCUCCGGGGCCUCUGGAGUCCAUCCAAGGCACCUGCAUCUCUGUUCCUCCUCACCCGACCCAGAAGCGCUCCUCAGCCCGAGAGGCCACCCCCGAGGGCGCCCGGGCCACCUGCGGCAGCACCCUUGGGAUGAGAUUUGGAACGGCCUCAUUCAGGGGGCAUAAGUGCCAGCGUUAGCAGUGGUGGAAGAAAGAGGGGGGACUUUCUGAGACAAAUAGUCCUUCUGACUCCUUGAAUAGGGUGCUGUUUCAAAUCAGGUUUAUAGACGAAAAUUAACUGCAUCUUUUUCAAAGAAGUGGAAUGGCACGGUUCUUUGGCAGAUCCACGCUGAGAGGCUGUCCUGUCCCUCCUCCUCCUCCUGCCCCUUGCCACGAAUACAAGUGCCCCCUGAAGCAGCGGAGCACACGCUUCUGCAGAAGCGACUGAAUGUAGGUUUUUCGUGAAAGCACACCGUGUGGCUGACGCCGCGGGCCUGGCCUUCCCGAGACCCACCUCGGGAGCCGUGUUGCCCCGUGGCUGAGGGACGGAGGUGCGGCGCAGCCGUUCGGGUUCUCUCAGCUGCUACGUGACCGAGCCCAGCCUGCCCGCCGGGUCUCCUGACGACAAAUCCCAUGGAUUUUCUACACUGAUAGGUCUCCCAAGUGGGCUCCAGCCCAAAGGCAUGGCAGGGGCAUGUAGGGAGAGCUGGCCGGGCCCUGAACACUGACAACGCAGACUCCACGUGCAGGCAGCUGAGAUGGAUGAGACAGACAAACACAAACCGCGCCCUUCUCCCCUCCCACCACAGCUCACUGCCCUGCUUCCCACGGGGGUCCAGCCUGGGAGGCAGAUGGCAGCGGGCUUCAGUGUUGUUUUCCUUGUGGCCAACGGUUCUCUACAAUGUUGAUCCCAAAUCCUAAAAAUUCCACCUGAAGUCAGGCAAAGAACAAUGCUGAGCCUCAUACUGUGGAAACGAGGCAUCUAGCUGGAUGCAGCUGGUAAAUUGAGUCCCAUGGACCUGUGGGGUUUAUUUUCCUUAGCAGCCGACACCAUGUGUCUUUGGCAUCCCUGGUGGUGCUUGGUGCUUCUGCCCAUCUGGGCUCAUUGAGAAUAGGGAUUGAGAUGAUUUCCGGGAGUCUCAGGUGGGCUGGCAUUCCUGUGUAUAUAUGAACUGUUACGAUAAAGUCACAUGACUGGCAUUUUCCCAGGCC